AUGGCGCUCCCUCCCAAGUGGUAUCAAUUUCUGGUCUGUGUAUUUGCCUCCUUGGGGUCGGUGCUGUAUGGAUAUGACCUGGGGGUCAUUGCCGAGGCGCUCACCAGUCCCUCGCUCAUCAACGCCUUCAACGCCGAUGCGACCAAGCGUGGAGCAGUCACCUCUGUCUUCACGGGGGGCGCCUUCUUUGGCGCCUAUUUUGCCGGUCCUCUAGGUGACCGUGCCGGCCGAAAAUGGACGAUUUUCGUCGGAGCCCUGGUGUUUCUGCUGGGCGGAGGUCUCCAGACAGGUGCACAGAGUUUGAGUUAUCUGUAUGCAGGGCGGGCGAUUGCAGGGCUGGGAGUAGGAGUCCUUGUCAUGAUUGUCCCCAUCUACCAGGCCGAACUGGCCCAUCCUGAUAUUCGAGGCCGGAUCACAUCCCUUCAACAAUUGAUGCUGGGGGUGGGCUCCCUCGUGGCCUCGUGGAUCUCCUGGGGAACCUACAUCAACUUCGCGGACGAUGAUUCUCGCCAAUGGCGUGUCUCCCUGGGGAUCCAGAUGGUCCCCGCCGUCUUUCUGGCCGCGCUCAUCCUGUUAUUCCCCGAGUCCCCGCGCUGGCUGAUCGAUCAUGGAAGACUGGAUGAGGGGCUCGCGACGCUGGCGCGCCUUCAUGCCGGGGGCGACACCUCGGAUGCCUGGGUCCAGGCCGAGUACGAGCAGAUCACCGUCUCGAUUGCGCAUGAGCACGAGGCUGAGGCCAAGUCCUACAAGGAGCUCUUCACGGAUCCCUCGUGUUUCCGCCGCCUGUUCCUGGCCUGCUCCAUCCAGGCCGCGGCCCAGAUGACCGGUGUCUCGGCCAUUCAAUACUACAGCACGACCAUAUUCCAGCAGAUUGGCAUUGCGGCCGACGACACGCUCAAGUACCAAGGCAUUAGUUCCAUCAUCGCCAUCAUCGCGCAGUUCUGCUGUCUGAUGCUGAUCGACAAGACGGGUCGUCGAUGGCCCCAGAUCAUUGGCAAUCUUUUCAACUGUCUGUUCUUCAUCAUCCCCACCAUCCUGAUUGCCAAGUUCCCGCCCGGAGAGUCCAACAACGUCUCCGCCAGCUGGGCCUUCAUCGUGAUGACCUGGUGCUACAAUUUCUCCUACAGCGCGACGGUCGGCCCCCUGACCUGGAUCAUCUGCGCCGAGAUCUUCGACACGAAGACCCGGUCGAAGGGGGUGUCCAUCGCCACGAUGACCUCCUUCGCCUUCAACACCAUGAUCGCCCAGGUGACUGACAUCGCAAUCGACAACAUCGGGGGAUGGCGCUACUAUGUCAUCUUCUGUGUCUGUAACUUCACCAACGCCAUCUUCUUCUGGCUGGUGCUGCCGGAGACCGCCCUGCGGCCCUUGGAGGAGAUGACAGCCCUCUUCCAGCACGAGCCGUGGCUGGUGCCCGGCACGCAGACCAAGAGCUUUGUCGCGCGCAGUCGCGCGAUCGUGGUGGAGGAUGAUGAGAAGCCGGGUCAUUUCACGUUGGUUCAUGAGGAGGGCAAGUGA